GCCACGAGAGAGACAAAAGCAACAGCCACACAGAAGCCGUCCAGAUAUCAGUUCAUUGCAGUUUGCAGUUCGCAGUUUUAGUCCGAGAAAGACGCUUUCACCUGGCAAAGAGUACCUAGCGAGUGGAUUGGAGCACGCUGAGCCAGCAAGAUGGCGACCAUUGCCAGCCUACUGUUGGUUGCGUUAGUUGCCGUGGCGAGUGGAAGGUCACCAGCGAUUGAUGUUGUUCAGCCAUCGGAGAACGUUACCUCAGAUUGCUAUGAACGAGCUCAGCCCCACCUUCACAUGAUGCAUCUGUCACUACACGCGCACAGACAUCGCGUGCACGAUCAGUGCCGUCGCUCGCAGCAGGAGCACAACGAGUUCUACGCGGCGCAGAAGGAGCGUCUGCGUCAGACCAUCGAGGACUGUGAGCGCAGUGCUCACAACCUGGCGGCGGAGACGCCAACGGCUGCGGCAGAGCUCGAGGCCUCGUGCCACGAGGCGGAGGCCAAGAUGCGUCAGAGUCUGGGUGACCACGUGUCCGGUGCUGCCGACCUUCAUGAGCAGUGUGCUCGACGACUGCGUCAGGUACACAAGAGAGUGCAGUCGGCCGGACAGAGUCUGUUCCACGUCCUGGCUGGAUGUGCUCCGGAGCACGCUUGCAUCGUCCUCAGACUGUCGAAGGCCAAGAUGCAGCGGGUUUCCAGCUCUGUCCAGGGACUGGCCAACCUUGACGUUGGCGCCACGUGCGCUUUGCCCAGUGAGCGGCUGGGGCACAAGGUGCGUCGCAUGUGCGAGCGAUUCAGCACACAACAAGCCAUCGUCAACGAAGCCAGCUCCAAUGUUUAUGAUGAACUUCACGAGACAUUGGCCAGCCAUUGUGCUGGUUCAAGAGCUCAGGACCGUGACGUGGUCACUGGCGAACACAGCAUUGUGACUGAGCAGGUGACGGUGUUCAAGGAGGACCCAACCACUGAGUAUGUAAGUAACACAUCGUGCCACCGAGGGUCAGCGACAAGUGCUCGAUCUGCGAAGCAGCGCGGAACACGGUCACUGGUGAUAAACAUGACGCCAGUCUGGUGAGGCGCUGCUGCGAUC